CUAGUGAAAUAUAAUGAUUUUGUAAAAAUCACAGUAUGGACACAUCAAAUUCAACAGGAAUGAAUGGUAUUUCUUACAGAAAUUCAGAUGAUUCUACAGGAAUAGAUAUUGUUAGGCUAAUAAUAUUUCAAUCCAUAUAAUAUAUGCCUGCCAUCUCUACGAUCCACGCCACCGUUCUAACUGCUCAAAACGUUGAUUCCAACAGAAUUCCUGUGUAUCCCACAAUUUAAUCCGUUACUCUGGGAAGUACGCGCCAACUCGGUCAUUCGCGUUGGUUCUUGGAUACGGAUAUGUGGAAUACGCCAUUUUUCUGUGCGAGUGCUGUGGUUGUGAUUGUGAGUUACUGCGUUCCUUAAAAAAAUAAUUAUGUCGACCUCAAGUGCCGCUAAUUCUGACUAUAUAUAUAUGAUCCAGCCGCCAUUGUCUUGAACUUAGAUCAAAGCCAAGAUGGGGAAGAUAGAAUAUAUACAUUGAUUGGUGAACCGACUGAUUCGAUGGCAGUAGCCGCCAGUGACGAUGAUGUCGCCGGCUAUUUGAGAGGAUGGGGUUUGGCCAAUUAUAUCGAAACACUCAGAACAAACGAUGUUACCCUGCACAGCCUUCCAUUUCUCAAAGAUGAUAUGGUGAAAGAGCUUAUUCCCUCUAUAGGGCACAGAGCUCAGUUUCUGUCCCACUGGGUGAAAUGGAAGGCGUCAAUGCAUAGUGCUCCUACAUAUUUACCAUCACCGAACAUGGAACCAUCCAAAAGUAUGGAAAACACUGAUGCAACUGAAAACCAUGUAACGUCUGAACGCACCUCGGAACUCAUGCACCACGACUCUUCUCAUCAAGAUACGAGAAAUGUAGGGAUUGCAGUCAUUAGUUAUAAUAAUAAUAAUGAUAUCAAUAAUACUAAUAAUAAUUAUAAUAAUGAUAAUAAUAAUAAUAAUAAUAAUAAUGAUAAUGAUAAUAAUGACACACGCUGCUCUCGGAGAUCCAGAAAAUCCCAGCGUGCCAUGAUAAGGCCGCAGGGUCGUGACUGGAAUUAUCUGAACUCAAAUAAUAAUGAUAACAUGGAUAAGCCCAUGCAUUCGGUCUACUUCAAGACCAUCGAAGACCGGGGCUUAUCCAAAGAACUGACUUUCGUUCAAAUGGGGAACAGAGGGGUUCAUCAUGGCAUGCCAGGAUGGGGUUGUUUACACUCAAGUUUACACUCGCAUCUACCGUAG